GCGGGCGCAUGUUGUGGUCAGUGUGCAGGGAGCAGCCGGUGUCAGGGGGCUUCAGCUUGGUGUGAACCAAUUUGCAAGCCCUCUGUUUUUAGGUUACACUGAGAGAGGGAGAAGGAAUGAGUCUCGUUUGGUCUCAAGCAGCCUGCUGGGCGGUAAAUGAGACACCGAGGUUCCCCCGGUGCGUGAAGGUUGCCCUGGAUUCACUCGUGUUUCCCGGCCAACGUUUGUACCGAAGAAACCUUACAACCCGCCUUCGUUUUUUGGGGUUUGCUUGCAGCAUUUGUACGUGCUGAGGUCGGGCCGUGCCUUCAGGGUUUGCCAUCCAUCCCAGCAGCAGUGGUGGAACCCCACGUGGCCGCCUCGUGAGGAACGCAGAGCAGCGGAGCGGAGCAGUCGGCCGCAAGCACUGGGCAGCGCUCAGCCAGCUCACGGGACCCUGCGGUGCUGGAAACAUGGAGCAGUGUGGAGCUUUCCUUUUGUGUGGGGAGCUGUGCUGCUCCUGCCGCCCCCAGCUUUGCGAACGAGCCCGCGGUUAAUCUCGGAAUUUCCAACUGUGCAGAGGAGUGAAUGGCCCAUGUUGUGUUAGUGCCUGUCUGCCAUGCUGGCCUGUCUGCCAGGACCAGGUGACCUCUCCUUUCAGCUUCUUUCUUACACGCAGAUGAACACUGGACUUCAGAAAUGGGACACUACACAGAAAAUGAGAUCUGCACAGUAUCCUACCCCAGCAGAAUUGGAUGCCUAUGCUAAGAAGGUCGCCAACAAUCCACUGACUAUAAAAAUUUUUCCAAACAGUGUCAAGGUUCCCCAGCGGAAACACAUACGCCGUACUGUGAACGGACUCGAUACUUCGGGCCAGAGGUACAGUCCUUACCCGUCUCAGGCCACCACGAAAACCGGCCUCCUGGCCAUCGUCAAGUCUCCAGCGAAAGGAAUUAUCAAGGACUUUGACGGGACGCGCACACGCCUGCUGCCGGAAGCGAUGAUGAAUCCCCCUUCCACCCCAUACGUUGCACCGAGCACUUUAACCCACCCCCAGGCGCUUGCUCGCCAGCAGGCUCUCCAGCAUGCACAGACUUUGCCGCACCCCCAGAGCAUCCCGCAGCCCCAGACUUUGCAGCACCCUCAGGGUAUACCACAGCCACAAAGCUUACCGCACCCUCAGGGGAUUCCUCAGCCGCAGGCGCUGCCGCACCCUCCGAACAUGCAGCAGCCUCAGGGCUUGCAGCACCCUCAGCCCAUGGCGCACCAGGCUCUGCAGCCCCCCCCGAACCCUUUGCUGCAGCCGGGUUUACAUGGAAGCAGAAAGAUGCCGGAUGCGGACGCGCCGCCGAAUGUGACCGUGUCUACCUCAACCAUUCCCCUCUCUAUGGCUGCCACCCUGCAGCAGAACCAGCCACCGGACCUGAGCAGCAUUGUGCACCAGAUUAACCAGUUCUGCCAGGCCAGAGCUGGCAUUAGCACUACCUCAGUCUGUGAGGGACAGAUCGCAAACCCCAGCCCCAUAAGUCGCAACCUGCUUAUCAAUGCAAGUACCAGGGUCUCUACUCACAACGUCCCUACGCCCAUGCCUUCCUGUGUAGUGAACCCUGUCGACCAUGCUGCUGCUGCUAUUCCUUCUGCCUCUGUCAACGUGCCCAUGGUGAAUAUUAACAGGGUGCCGCCCGCCUACCAGAACGAAAUCAAGUCGGUGGCGUGGAACCAGCACCAGCUCGCGCAUCUGCAGCAAAUGUGUGGGGAUGCUGCGGGGCCCGCCGCGCUCGCGGGGAAGCACGCUCCGAGAGAGAUGGCAGGGCAGAGCUUCCCCGGCAAAACCUCCGGCUACCCUCAAGAACUGUGCAUGGGCCAGUCCUUCGGCUUGAAGCCCCCCAUCGAGAAGCCCACGCCCUCCCCUCCCGUCAACGGCUUGCAGGGACCCUUGCCGUACACCAACGGGCACUAUUUCCAACCCAUGUGGAAUAACAUCCUGCCCACUCCCAACAGCGACAGCUCUGGCUCCCAGGACCUCGCCAUGCCUUUCCACGGGGGCCAGCCGGCCGGAGCGCCGCUCGAUUGCGCGGGAGGACCUCAUUACAGAGCUGGGGCUGGCCCGUCCAGCCAGAACAACGUGAUGCAGACCGUGGAUUACCUAAGCGGGGACUUCCAGCAGCCUUGCUUCAGAGAUCAGAGCGUGGCCGUGCUGGGGAAAGUCCAUCGGCCUCCCAUGAACCGAGCACCUGAACCGAGCGAUAGUCGAAAUCUUCAUAUUCAGCACCCAGGGUAUAGAUAGGCUGCAGUCACUUUCACAGACAAAAUUAGAGGUUUAGUCUUAAUUUUAACGAAGAAGCGAGGCAUUUUUAACUUGCAAACUUGCGUGAUCAUUAUAAGCAACCGUCGGAAGAAGACAUACUGUAUAUUUAAAAGCUUGGCUGACGUGUUCUUUCUCUCUCUCUCUCUCUCUCUCUCUCUCUCUCUCUCUCUCUCCCCCCCUCCUUCCUGCCUCAGAUAUUUAACAUUGCCUUUUUCUUUCCGACUCUUUCAUUACACUACUCCGCACCGCCGCCGUUCCCUCACCGCAGCGUCCCCUCCGUGCAGCUUCUGCUCAGCCCCCGCCUGCCGGACCGUGGCGUGUUGCUGCAGGCUUGCCCAGCCAGCGAGGUAGCGUAGCUGCUCGACGUCCCCAUCCCGAUUUCCUCCGCAGCAGGACGUGUCGGGAAGCCGGGGGGGGGGGAGCUCCUCGGCUCGAGGGGCCCGCUUCCUUAACGCAUUAAACACUGACCAUUUGCACUGUCUACGGGCUUCUUUCCUUGGGAAAGAAGCCUGCAAAGAGCUCGCUCAGGGGGCGGGGAGGCGUUAGGGCAGGGAGAAGCUUUGAGGCCGUUUCUCGCAGCCUGGUCCCGUGUUGAGCAGGCUCUGGCGGGGGCGGCUGCACGCAGCACAGGGCGCCCUGCUCCUCCCCCCCCCCCACCUCCCCCGCUGCCCCCUCGCUGCUCUCGGGGCCUGGUUGCUGCAGGGAAGGGCCGUGGUGGGGCUUUCCCCGGGGAUCCCGGCCCCGCUGACACCCACCCGCCUUCGGCAGCCAAGGGAGCGGGGGGUGUUGGGUGCAAAGCUCCGGUGCUGCAGGACACGGAGCCCCGCAUCCCCAGCAGGGCAGCAGCUUUAGUGGGACAGUUCUCUCUGGGAACAAGCGGUUCUCAUUGCCCCUUCCCUGGGGUCUUGGUGCCUCCCCCCUCCUUGUUCCCCCUCCCCAACACUAACCGUGCAACCUCUGUGUCCCAUUCCCUUCUGAGAGUCCAAUCUGUUGCGAGCAGAAAAUCCCUCCUCUCUGUUAACCAGACUUGAUACUUGAACAUAAUGAUCACAACCAAGUUUGGAAAUUAAAAACAGACCAAAAAAAAGGAAAACAAAACAAAAAAAACACACACACAAAAAAAGCAUCAAUUCUUUAUAUGUCCACUGGCUGAAAGAGAAAAAUCCUGCUCUACACUGUACGCUGUAAGUGUCAUGUCUCUGUAUGAAUGUGGGUUCCAGUAGCGUUGUGUGUGGGUGAGCCUCCCCCCGCAGCCCUCGGGAAAACGAAGCCUUAAGCAUCUCGCUCCUCCAGCAUCCUCCAUCCACGAGCACGGCGCGGAACCCCGGCGGUACGGGGAGAAAGGCAAGAAGGAAAAGAAAAGCGAAAGCAUCGAUCUGUGUUUUUUAUUUUUUAAAUUCAGGACGCGUAGCCCCGGGCCGUGGCAGGUAUUUCGGUCUCGGAGCUCGGCACGGCGCCGUGCCCCCGGCUCCUCCGCGCUCCUCGCUUCGCUGCUGUCCUGCUCCGGGUUCCCGGCUGCAGGCGGAGGGAAGGACGCGUGGGCUUUGCCGUUGCAGAAGGAAAGAAAACCCCGGCCCGGUCGCGGCUCCGCCAAAAUGAUGAAGCGACGUCGAGUCCUAAGUUAUUGCUCCUCAUCGUCUCCUCGGUGUAAAGUGGUAAAUACACGUCCGUGAAAGAA